AUGUAUUUUACCAUAAAGAGGUACAUCCGGACCAAGGUGAUCACGAGCCUAAGCAAGUUCAAAUGCUACAACAUCGGGAACGAUUACACGGCCAGGAAUUGGCCAAACAUAUACUGCAUCGACCAAGAAGAAGAAAACGUGGCGAAGAAGACUGAAGAGGAAAAGAAGAGAGGAACAAAAACUAUCCCCUAUUACAAAAAUUACAUGCACGAUUUUUGGGGGAGGCAACUUAUGCACAAUUUACACUUGCAGGAAAUGAACAAAAUGAAGAAGCUGCGCAAUUUUAAAAUGCCUAAGAUACACACGGGGGAUUUAGUCGAGGUCAAGUACGAGCUGUCCAGGUCGCAGCAGACUUUUGCCAUUUUUCAGGGGUACUGCGUGGAGAUACGGAAGAAACGGCUGGACUCGUCCUUCAUCGUGAAGAACAUCUUCGACGGGGUCGGAGUGGAGCAGCUCAUACCCUUUUACUCCCCCAGGAUCCUUUAUGUGAAAAUUGUGAAGAGCCUCCACAACAUAAAUGAGGAAAAGGCAAAAAAGUAUUACCAAAUCAAUAAGCCUAUUACAAGGGACUACCGAUACAUGUGGCAAUAUAACUUCCGAGGAAAGUACGAGAGGCCACGGGGGCAACACAAGCCCGGCAUUAGGUCUAUAGAACCCAAAAUUAGAAGACGCUUGGCUAAGCUAAAGAAAAAGUACAUGCGCAGAAGAAUUGAAAGCAAUUUGUCGUCCUACAUCUUUGGUGGGAUCUACGCACAGUACACCAGGAAGAGGACUAGGUUAGUGCGAGCAGAAAUAUACAGAAGGAUGCUCAUAUAUGCCCUUGAUGAAGAAAACAGGAGGAAGCAAAAGCUGAACAAAAGACGCGAAAGGGAGAAUUGGAACGUGUUUAAAAUUAAUCGCAGCCGCGGGGAUAAUGCCUUUAUGGCUCUGCCGGCCAGUCAUCCCCUUGCGGGGGGGCACAAGGGGUGA